UCCUGUUUUUCUCGACCAGGCAGAUACAGGAAGUCACAGCGCUGCUGCAGAAGAGUUUGUUUAGUUUUUAAACGGUGUUGAAACGAACAAGGUGGUAAAUCAGACUCAAGAGUUAUGGACAGACUGAAGUGUGUGCUGUUGGUGCUCUGCUUCCAAAGCUGCUGGCACCUGCUUCAAACUCUGGAACAAGCUCCUCUACGUUUUGUGGGGCUUGCGGACUGGGGCGGCGUUCCUUUCCCUCCAUACUACACUUCUCAUGAGGAGGCCGUUGCCACAGAGGUGGACAGGCUGGCUCGGACGGAGGGGGUGGACUUUGUCCUCAGCCUGGGAGAUCACUUCUACUUCAGUGGGGUCAAGAAUGUGGAAGACCCCCGCUUUAAGCACACAUUUGAAAGGGUUUUCUCUCAGCCCUCUCUACUGGAUAUCCCAUGGUAUCUGAUUGCUGGAAACCACGACCACGUGGGCAAUAUCUCAGCUCAGAUGGCUUACUCUAACACGUCCCACCGAUGGAAUUACCCAGGUCUCUACUAUGACCUCCAAUUUACUGCCCCACACACAAACAUAUCAGUGAGCAUCCUGAUGAUUGACACUGUAGUAUUAUGUGGAAACACUUACGACCAAUCCCAGCCUUCAGGACCAGAGGACCCCAGAGCAGCAGAUGAUCAGUGGAACUGGAUCAGGUCUAAACUGGCCAGCAGCAGGUCAGAUUACGUUCUGGUGGCAGGUCAUUAUCCUGUGUGGUCCAUUGGCCAUCAUGGACCAACAUUCUGUCUGGUCAACAGACUGAGGCCCCUACUGAAGAAAUACAGAGUCACUGCCUACCUGUGUGGCCAUGAUCACAAUCUGCAGUUUAUCAGAGAGGAUGAUGGGAGCUCAUAUGUAGUCAGCGGGAGUGGGAGUGUCAGCGACCCUGCAACCAGUCACAGGGACAGUUUCCCUCUGUCCUGGCAGCUCUACUCCAGUCCUGUCAAUCACACAGUGGGAGGCCUGGUUUACUUCCAGGUCACUGAGCAUCAGAUGAGGGUCAGUUUCAUGCAGACAGAUGGGAAAUGUGUCUACCAGGCAGAGCUGCCAGCCCGCACUGUCUGAGGCUCCUCAUCAGUCUACAGUUAUGUUCUGUUAAAAGCAUGAUCCAACCCAUUCUCCUCUCCUGUUCCCUCUGUUUCUUCACUAUGUUAACUGCCUCCUAUAGGAACAAACUCAUACAUAUCACACACAGCACCUCCAAAAUAAUUGGUCUCCCCACCCCCAACCUCUCAGACCUCAACAACAAAGCCAUUACACAAAGAGCACACAAUAUAGCACCAGACUCCAGGCACCCCCCUCACCCCUUCUUCACAUUGCUUCCAUCAGGCUGCAGAUACAGAUCCCUGGCCUGGAAACAGGCUCACAAUGGCAAGAGUUUUUUGUCCCUUCUGCCAUAGCAAUGCUCAACAAAGCACCUUGGUAGCCAUCAUGUGUAAAUAUUAUGUAUAAAUGUAUGUAUAAAUGUGCUGUUUUUGGAUUGUUAUGUUGUGUAUGUAUUUUUGUGAGGUUAUGUACAGACUGUAACAACAAAUUUCCUGGAAAGGACAAUAAAUAACGCCUAUAUAUAUAUUAUA